CAAACCAUUCAUCCAACCAUUACGCAAGGACGAAGAAGUUCCGGCGGCAUCCGUUCGAACGCAGUGCACCAUGGUGGUCCCCGUGACCCUCACCAAUGACAUCAAAUCUGCCGUUGACCUCUCCAACCAAGCCAACGAUGAGGACGUCAAGAAACAGUUCGCCAACGCUAUUCGCUUGUACCGAAAGUCCAUGGAGUCCUACCUGAACGCCGCUCUCCUCAUUCGCAACACCUGCGCACCUUUCGUUGAAAGAGCGCAGAAGCUGAAGGAAUUCGCCAGUGACGUAGACCAGGAAGUGGUCUGUGAGGGCCUGCCGGAACUCAGGCGCUUUCACAACAUCCUCCUCAUGGCGCCGUUGCUUCCACCGUGGGGCACCAAAGCCACGACAGUGGUAGCGGGCAAGAAGAUUUGCUUCAACGAGGACAUCGUCGGCAUCGACCCUACCAAGCUGGUCUUCAGCCAGAUCAUUAACGAUCCCAAGACCAAGGCCGCGAGCACCAUCCUGCUCCAUGGACCUCCCGGAACAGCAAAGACCCUGCUCUGCAAAGCCAUCACUUCAAAGUGUCCCGAAAAGUCCGUCUUUCUGGUAGACAUACCGAUGUACCUCAAAGGAUGUCUCGCCCACGACCCUGUAAAGAUGACCAAGAUGCUGAUCAGAAAUUACCGUAAGCACAACACGGGAUGUCUCGUUCUUGACUUCGUGGAUGAUUUGUUCGUCCAGGACAUGUCGGAUGUGAUGAAGCCGCUGGUGACGGCCGUCAAGGGGGAGAUCGUCGCACUACUCAAAGAAAUCGCGGAGAAGAAAGAAUACAAGGAUCUCAUAAUAGCGACGUCCUCUAAGCCAUGGACUAUCGAGGAAGACAUGAAGGCGACCUUCCAAGCCAAAAUAAACAUUCCGAUGCCCGAAGAACCAGAUCGACUGGCCCUGCUCAAAGGGGAACUGGCGAAGGUACGAGCUCCAACGGUGCCCGAAGGGGAGGUGGCGGACUGUGCAAAGAAAACUGAGCGUUACUCUCGCUACCAGGUGAUGAGGAUAGUGCGACUAGCUGCCGCCAGGAACUUUAGCAACCUGGAAGAAAUUGUCAUGAAGGAAGAUGCCGACAGAGCCGACCAUAUAACAAAAGCGGACAUGGAUGCCAUGGUUGCCGUUAUCAAGCCAGACUUGGCGGAGGAGGACGUCAGCCGACACAAGGAGUUCAUUACCGCAAAUCCAACUGCCAAUUAAGUUACCUUCUCUCUGCCCACGAAGCUGCUUGACAAUGAGGCGCCCGCUGUCACCGAGCAAAGCAACGGAAAGUUCAGACGUUAAACUUUGUGGCUAAGCUGUGCGAUCACAAAGUGUAAGGAUCAACUUCGGUCGUACAUAUCGGUCUCCUUCAGUGUCUGUAAGCCUUUAUUGAAAUAAAACCGUGCCGCUCGUUCGAGA